CAACCGCCGAAGCUGCUGGGACAGUACCUCACCGCCACUGGCCUGUCCAAUGAUGCUGGAGCGCUGGCCUUGGCCCAGCAAGUUGCGGAUGCAGAUGAGCGCUCCAAGUCCCAGCUGAAGCCGCAGUGCCCCGACGUCGUGCUCCGCAAGGCGGCGGCCCUUUGCACGGAGAAGGAGGCCAAGCUGGCUAAGGCGACGAAGGCCCUUAUUGCGGCAGAGAAGUGGCUGGAGGAUUGGAAGGGUCGGCAGGCCCAGGCGGCAGAGGAGCUUUUCGAGGCGGACCAGAGUCGCAUUGAGGCCCAGGAGGCUACGCUGGCUAAGUCUGGGGACCAAGUUGGCACGUCCCCCGAGUCGGAGUGUGUGCCCUUCGGCAUCGACAUGGCCUUGUUCGAGAACCUUGAGGAGUAUGAGGAAGAGGGCCGCAAGAAGUUGGAGGAGAUUCAAGUUCAGCUGCAGCAAGUUGCUGAGCAGGCGAAGGCCCGCGGUGCCGAGUUUAAGGAGGUCCUGGCUGCGACCAAGAAGGCAUUUGCGGCGCCGCGCAAGAAGAGGCGUGCUGAAGGCGGGUCCAAGGAGGACGAGGCCGCCGACAUGGGGGAGGCCGACGCCCCUGCUCCUGGGCAAGGUGGUCCGUCCUCUUCGGCAGCUGGCGACAAGGGCCCCAAGGGCGGCAAGGGCCCCACCAAGAGUUGCAAGCUCUCCCCCGAGGAGCGCGCCCGCAUGGUCGAGUUCAUCCAGGACGCGAAGGUUUUCUUCUGCAACAUCACGGGGAAGGGCCCGCAGGCCCGACGGUACCUCACGGAGAAAGUCUACAAGCAUUCGGCGGCAGCGCUGGUCGAGACCCACCAGGGCAGCGCAAG